ACCUGACAGAAAUUUGCCAGCGUGCAUGCAAACUGGCCAUCCGUGAGUCCAUUGAGAGUGAGAUCAGGCGAGAACGUGAGAGGCAGACCAACCCUUCUGCCAUGGAAGUGGAGGAGGAUGACCCAGUUCCUGAGAUACGCAGGGAUCACUUUGAGGAGGCCAUGCGCUUUGCUCGACGUUCUGUCAGUGACAACGACAUCAGGAAAUACGAGAUGUUUGCACAGACUCUACAGCAGAGCCGUGGCUUUGGCAGCUUCAGGUUCCCAUCAGGUAACCAGGGCAGUGCCGGUCCAAGCCAAGGCACAGGAGGCAGCAGCGGGGGCAACGUGUACAGUGAAGACAAUGACGAUGAUCUCUAUGGUUAACUCGCUGUCCUCUGUGGACCAAACUCCACAUCAGGCCACGUUGUACAGGAAAAAAAACAAUGUUCGACGGACUCUCAGCUUCUUCAUUCCUCAGUCAGAACAGUGUAGCUGCAUGUCACACUUUGUACAGGGAAUGUUUUCUGCAAACACAAAUCCAGACCGGUGUUCAGUUGGGAGGCAGACAAUGAAUUAACAAGGAGGGGUACUGACUUAAACUAGAACAGAAAGUUCUCAGAAAUUAUGUGGCAGAACCAGCAGCUUUAGUAAAGAGUACAAUGCUAGCCUGUAUAAAAAAAAAUCCCACAAAAAUAAUAAUAAAAAAAAAUCCCAUAAAACUCUA